CUUCGCAGUUCAUGACAUCCAGUAGUAAGACAUGUUUCGUUUUCUUUCUAGCCCAGGUUAUCGUCAAACAUGGAUGUGCUGCAGAUUUUUCUAUUUAUUCUCCUGGGAGCUGUUUCUUGCAGUCAUGAUUGGAUCUCUGGAUCAGUGUCAGUGAUGACAGUCAGUCCAGGGGACAACAUCACUCUCUACUGUGACUAUAAAACAUCAUCUGGAGUAUACAUUGUGUGGUACAGGAACUGUUCUCAUGAGAACCAGCCACGUCUUGUGCUAGAGCUAAAGUUAAAACCAGAUACAUGGAAAAGCUCAAUUGAUGUUCUGAAUCCCUUCCCUCGUUUCCACUUUGUGAGGAACCAGUCAUCUGAAUCGUAUGACAUGCAGAUAAUUAACAUUACUGAUUCUGACGAGGGUCUCUACUACUGUGGAACUAUGGAACUCAAGGUGGAGAGCAAGGAAGUAAUUACUACUCAAUAUGUUUACCAAUAUAGCAACACAACUACAAGGAUCAUAUUCAACUCCAGUGAGUUUCAUCACCAUGAGACUCAACAAGACUGCGGUGUGUGCUGGACACUGUUGUUCUCUCUGUGUCCAGCUAUUUGUGUUCUCUCCUCUCUCCUCUCCUCUCUUCUGGUUUAUCACCGCUGUCAGAAAACAGCUAAAGAGCUAAAAGCUAACAAGGAAAGACCUGAUAACAGAGGCCAAACAAGAGAGGACAAGAAUGAAGAUGUGUGUUAUGCUGCACUGGAAGUCCAUCAGACAUCACAGACACCAAAGAGGACAAAAACCCAGAGUUCAGCCACCUAUUCUGCCAUCAAUUCCUGUAUGUAAAGGGCCUAACACUUUACAUCAACAUAAACAAAUGUAUAAUUAAAUAAUUUGUUCUGAUACUUCAAGACCAAUCUCUCAUUUACUCACAAUAAUAUAUAUGAAAAUGUGCAUAUGUGAUGUGUUUAAUUGAUAAUAAACAAUUUUAUCAAUGUCA